UCUCUCUCUCACACACACACACUGAAAGCAACAACUACAAGUCCACAACUAAGUCUUUAACUUCUGCUCUUUCCCAAAGAAAACCCUUAGCAUCAUUUUCCACAACAAUGGAGUCUAAUAACCCUAACUCCCUCAUCUUCUCUCUUUCCUCUUCCAACUCUUAUCCAACCACAUGUGGCUUGUCUGUAGAUAAAAAAAAUGGUGGCCAGCCGAAGUUUGAGGAUUUCCUCGGUGGCUCGGAGCUCAAUAGCUUCGCCGGCGGCGGCCGGUUUCCUGAGGACGAGAUUCAGGUGGCGGCAAUGGCGGCAGUGGCGGCUGAGCUACCGGUGAAGAAGGGUACGGAAAAUUCCGGCCACCGGACUUCGGUUUUCAGGGGAGUCACUAGACAUAGGUGGACUGGAAGAUUUGAAGCUCACAUGUGGGAUAGCAGUUGCAGAAGGGAAGGGCAAAGUCGUAAAGGCAGACAAGGUGGAUAUGAUAAAGAAGAGAAAGCAGCUCGAGCUUAUGAUCUUGCAGCCCUCAAGUACUGGGGUCCGACCACCACCACCAAUUUUCCGGUAACAGAUUAUAAGAGGGAAUUGGAAGAAAUGAAACACAUGUCCAGGCAGGAAUUUGUUGCUGCACUCAGAAGAAAAAGCAGUGGGUUUUCUAGGGGAGCCUCGAUCUACAGAGGAGUCACAAGGCACCACCAGCAUGGCCGGUGGCAAGCAAGAAUUGGAAGGGUCUCUGGCAAUAGAGAUCUUUAUCUUGGCACAUUUAGCACUCAAGAAGAAGCAGCCGAGGCGUACGACAUAGCCGCCAUUAAAUUCCGGGGCCUAAAUGCCGUCACCAAUUUCGACAUGAGCCGAUAUGACGUGAUAAGCAUUGCCACUAACAAUCUCCCGGUCGGGGGCACUAUGGUAAAUAAACCCAAAAUCUCGCUCGGGCCAAUAUCGAACAAUAGGAGCGUGGAUGGGACCCUUUCCACAGUUGAUGCCAACAAACUUGACCUAUACUCCCCAUCUUUUCCCUUCUCGUCGCAAAAUUCACUCUCGACACUGAAUUUUGCAAUGCCUGUUGUUAAACAAGUUCAUCAACAGUCGUCGAACCUAUGGGCCGCCCUAGGCUUCCCAAAUCCUAGUCCCGACCUACUCGACCCUUUCCAAGGGUCCAACACAAGUGGUACAUCGGUUCAAGGUACAACACCGUACAACAUGGAAUUUGUGCCCAACUUGUCCAUCGAUAGUGAAAACGAUAGUAGUAACAACGAGGGGUUUUUCAACGGGUGUGGCUACAACUAUCGAGAGCAAGGCAAUAUUGGUGGUACAUCAUCGUCUAGUCUUGAGAAAGGUACAACUCACGAUGCAGUGGUUUCUGGCGAUGUAAAUUGGGUGACAUCGGCACCACCACAGCUAGCGGCACAGUCGUUGCAAGCUGGAAAACCGAGCCUAUCGGCUUUUCGAAGGCCGAUUUUCGGCAUGGAGUGAAGAGUAAAAGAGGGGGACAAAAGAGUGAAAUCAUGUUUUGAGUUCAUGUUGUUUAGUUUGAGUACACAACAUCUAGUGGAUUGGUCAAAAAGUAUAAAGGUAUUUUUUUGAGGAACUCUUUCUAGCUCUUUUGCAUGGAUGUGGAAUAUAAUGGAAUUGGCAAUCAUUAUACAAAGCAAUAUAGAUGGACGUAGGGUAGUGUAUUUUAGGCUUUUAGCUAGCAACUCAAAUCUUUUUGUGAUGAGGUUAUGGCGGGAAAUUAU